UUAAUUUGUUAUUGUCACCGUUCCCUCCCACACUUUGACAAACACUGUCUGGCUGGGCUUUCCAUUGCAACUAAAAAGCUGAGAAACUUUCUUCUUCGUUACGCCUUUCCUCUUCUUCUUCUUCUUCUUCUUCUUCAUCGUGACGCCACUGAGAAGGAGAAGCGCAGAGGUUCAAGAGGAGGAAGACGGGAAAAGAAAACAUUGUUCGAGCAAAGAGCUUCAAGUGGGAGGAUAUCGAAGCUAGCAUACUGGUUCGGGUUCCUAUUGAGCGUCUGUGUCCAGCAACGGAGCAAUCCUUAGCUCUUACAUGGGUCCGUUCUCAGAGAAUUCAGUGAGAGAUUGUUACGGCAAGCCGCUAGGAAUUCGGUUCAUCGAGCACAUAAAGAGAAGCCCCAUUUCCUUCAGAACACACCAAAGUAUUGUCUUGAUAGUCACAUUCCUUACCUACACAUGCUAUCACGCUAAUCGGAAGACCACAAGCGUUGUCAAGAGCACUCUCGACCCCUCCUCAUCCGAAGUAGGCUUGAGGUUCGAUCCAUGGAGGAGGGCCUAUUUUCUUAGCCCACAUGAAGGCAGAAAUGUUUCUGGACUACUUGUUAGUGAUAGCGGUUGGGCCCCAUUCAAUGGAUCAGAUGGAACGGAAUUGCUCGGCGACCUCGAUGUGGCUUUCCUCUCCGUGUAUGCUGUGGGAAUGUACUUCUCUGGCCAGUUGGGUGACAGAAUGGAUCUGAGGAUUUUCCUGACUGUAGGGAUGAUUGGAACUGGUCUGUUUACUUCACUCUUUGGUGUCGGUUACUGGGCAAACAUACAUAAGUUCUACUAUUUUCUCCUUGUGCAAAUGGCUGCUGGUUUGUUCCAAUCGACCGGGUGGCCCUCGGUUGUUGCCGUGGUUGGUAACUGGUUCGGCAAGAGUAAGAGAGGGCUUAUUAUGGGUAUAUGGAAUGCUCACACUUCUGUUGGCAACAUAAUAGGUUCUUUGAUUGCUUCUGCUAUGUUGAGCUAUGGAUGGGGUUGGUCCUUUGUUGUGCCCGGUCUCAUAAUUGCAUUCAUGGGCUUAGUGGUCUUCUUGUUUCUACCCGUUAAUCCUGAAUCUGUGGGAGCUGAUAGAGACGAUAACGUGAACUCCCCCAAGAAAAAUGGAGAGGAAGUGAGGGAACCUUUGUUAAGCUCAGAUUCGGAGAAUAAGGAGCGUGAGCAUGCUGUGGGGUUCAUUGAAGCGUGGAAGAUUCCGGGGGUUGCGCCUUUCGCUUUUUGCCUCUUCUUUGCCAAAUUGGUUGCCUACACAUUCCUAUACUGGCUGCCUUACUACAUCAGCCACACAGCUAUAGAUGGAAAAUACUUGUCCAGUGCAACAGCAGGAGACUUGUCUACACUAUUUGAUGUUGGAGGGGUUAUUGGGGGGAUCCUGGCCGGUCACAUAUCCGAUCGCCUAGACGCUAGGGCCAUAACAGCAGCAAGCUUCAUGUACUGCGCUAUUCCGGCACUCUAUCUUUACAGAAGCUAUGGAUCCGUUUCCUUGACUGUAAACAUCAUACUCAUGUUCAUCACCGGCAUCUUUGUAAAUGGGCCUUAUGCUCUAAUAACGACAGCCGUCUCAGCGGACUUGGGGACACACACUUCUCUGAAAGGGCAUCCGCGAGCACUCGCCACAGUGACGGCGAUCAUAGAUGGAACGGGCUCCAUCGGGGCUGCCAUUGGGCCAUUGCUGACGGGUUACAUCUCUACAGAGAGCUGGGGCGCCGUUUUCAUGAUGCUCAUGGCGGCUGCUUUAGUUGCAGGGCUGCUUCUCACUAAGCUCAUCGUUGCCGAGGUGGCUGCAAAGAUUGAGGAGUCAAGGGCGCGAAGGAGUUCCAGGUCAAGGCCUCCCGCAGUCGAAGUGUAAUCGCGAAAAGGAGUUGGAUAUGUUGUCUGUCGUCGCCCAAAUAUCCUCGGGGUUUGGCGCAUUGCAAGUAGUUAUCGAUACCCUCUGUGUAUGAAUAAUUUGAGGGGAGGACAUCCUUGGUUUCCUCAAACAUGAA